UCCCUCCCCGCCUCGGCCGCCCGCCCGCACGCUGCUCCCAGGUUUUGCAAAGAGCAGCGAUGAAGAAGAAGCUGGCACUCUCCGAGAUGCAGUUGGUUCUUCUGGUUUUAUUGGUGUGGCUACCAACAAGAUCAGUGCUGGCUGACUCCCUGGAAGACGAAGCUAAGAAUAACAUCACCAUCUUUACAAGAAUUCUAGACAGACUUCUGGAUGGGUAUGAUAAUCGCCUCAGACCUGGAUUAGGAGAUAGUAUUACUGAAGUCUUCACUAACAUCUAUGUGACCAGUUUUGGACCUGUGUCAGAUACUGAUAUGGAGUACACGAUAGAUGUGUUCUUCCGCCAGCGAUGGAAAGAUGAAAGAUUAAAGUUUAAAGGCCCAAUGAACAUUCUUCGACUGAACAACCUAAUGGCCAGCAAAAUCUGGACCCCAGAUACAUUUUUUCACAAUGGGAAGAAGUCAGUGGCUCAUAACAUGACAAUGCCAAACAAGCUUCUACGAAUCCAGGAUGAUGGGACGCUCCUGUACACCAUGAGGCUUACAGUCCAAGCUGAAUGUCCAAUGCACUUGGAGGACUUCCCUAUGGAUGCUCACUCGUGCCCACUGAAAUUUGGCAGCUAUGCAUACACAACUUCAGAAGUGACAUACAUUUGGACUUAUAAUGCAUCAGAUUCAGUGCAAGUGGCACCAGAUGGCUCAAGACUGAAUCAGUAUGAUCUUUUAGGCCAAACAAUUGGAAAAGAGACAGUUAAGUCAAGUACAGGUGAAUAUACAGUAAUGACUGCUCAUUUUCACUUGAAGAGAAAAAUUGGUUACUUUGUCAUUCAGACUUACCUCCCCUGUAUCAUGACUGUCAUUCUGUCUCAAGUGUCAUUCUGGCUGAACAGAGAAUCUGUACCUGCCAGGACAGUCUUUGGAGUAACAACUGUGUUGACAAUGACAACACUGAGCAUCAGUGCUCGAAAUUCACUCCCCAAAGUAGCAUAUGCAACAGCUAUGGAUUGGUUUAUUGCUGUUUGUUAUGCAUUUGUAUUCUCUGCAUUAAUUGAAUUUGCAACUGUAAAUUAUUUCACAAAACGAGGAUGGGCCUGGGAUGGAAAAAGUGUAGUGAAUGAUAAGAAAAAAGAAAAAGCAUCUGUCAUUAAGAAAAACAAUGCCUAUGCAGUGGCUGUUGCCAACUAUGCUCCAAAUAUUACCAAGGACUCAGUGCUACCAACCAUCUCCAAGAGUGCUACAACUGCAGAACCCAACAAGGCAAAACCAGAAGCGAAGCCACAAGAAGCAAAGAAGACAUUCAACAGUGUUAGCAAAAUUGACAGAAUGUCUAGAAUAGUGUUUCCAGUCUUAUUUGGUACUUUUAAUUUAGUGUAUUGGGCUACAUAUUUAAACAGGGAGCCUGUCUUACUUGGCUUUGCACCAUCUACCUAAAAGCUGACUUGCACUGAGGACUUCAAGCAUCAUUCUAAUCAGAUAGGUUGUUCGCUAUGUACAGUCCGACUAAUAACUGCUAAUCUGUGAACCAUUCUGUACAGUGUGUAUAUAAAUGUCUUGUCUGUGUGUCUCCAAAGGAGGGACACAGCAUUAAUUCAUGGGUCUGUAAACAGAUAGCACCCAUGGCAAAUACAGCCAGCUCUUUAAAAGUUAAACCCAGGGGACUUCUGUUAAACUAGGAUUCAAAUAUACAGAAUUAUAUUCUCUCCGUACAAUGAGAUGAAGAUGUGAUCCUGCAUAAUUAUUUAGGAGCAGUAUUUUUUUAAUUUAAAGUUAAAAUAUUUUUCUAUAAAGUAACUAAUUCUACUUUAGUGAAAGAAACUGUCAUUUAAAAAAGUGAUUUUUUUAAAAAGGUGUAAUUGUUUCAUACAAUAGCAGUACCCAUGUACAUAACAGAGUACGGAGGUCGUACAGUUCUGCUCUUCACAAACAUUCUGGAUACAAGUUAGAUUGAGGAGGUAGCAAACACUACUGUCUGGCAAAAGCCACAAGUUUCUUACUUCUGUCCUCUUUGAAGUUGUUAAUAAAUUCUUUUAAUUGAUUUCAGGGGAAAGGGUAAAUCAAAUUCAAUAUCAACCAACUUCUGCUAGUGAGAUACUUAUUUUUUCACUGUUUUAUUUAUUUGAUAUUACUAAGCUGGCUUGUUUUCUUGGUUCAGCAAAGCUGGAUUUUUUAAAUUAUUUUUUAUUUUGUUCUUAAGUGAAUUAUUUUCAGGUUUAUAGAAUCACUCAGAAAUUUUUCAGGUAUAAGUUUAUCAGUAAUAUAAUACACUUUUUUCCUUUGCUUAAUGUUUUCCUCAAUCCUGCCAUUACAAAAUUUACCUGUAUUUGUCCCAGGAAGCAC